UGCUCAGCUGCGCAGUCUCCGGCUGCGGGCCUGUAGGGAGGAUGGCGGCGUCUUCGAGUGGAGAGAAGGAGAAGGAGCGGCCCGGAGGCGGCUCUGGAGCGGCAGGCGGUAACAGCACGCGAGAGCGGCUGCUGUCUGCGCUGGAAGAUCUGGAGGUUUUGUCGAGAGAACUUAUAGAAAUGUUGGCAAUUUCAAGAAACCAAAAGUUGUUGCCACCUGAUGAGGAAAACCAGGUCCUGGAGUUGUUAAUUCACAGAGAUGGGGAAUUUCAAGAACUGAUGAAAUUGGCACUGAAUCAGGGAAAAAUCCAUCAUGAAAUGCAAGUUUUAGAAAAGGAAGUGGAGAAGAGAGACAGUGAUAUUCAGCAACUACAAAAACAGCUAAAGGAAGCAGAACAAAUACUGGCAACAGCUGUUUACCAAGCAAAAGAAAAACUCAAAUCAAUAGAAAAAGCAAGAAAAGGUGCCAUCUCUUCUGAAGAAAUAAUUAAGUAUGCACACAGGAUUAGUGCAAGUAAUGCUGUAUGUGCCCCACUGACCUGGGUUCCAGGGGAUCCACGGAGACCAUACCCAACUGAUUUAGAGAUGAGAAGUGGAUUAUUGGGUCAAAUGAACAAUCCUUCCACUAAUGGUGUUAAUGGUCAUUUACCAGGGGAUGCACUUGCAGCAGGCAGAUUGCCAGAUGUCCUUGCUCCACAAUAUCCAUGGCAGUCAAAUGACAUGUCAAUGAAUAUGUUACCACCAAAUCACAGUAAUGACUUUUUGUUGGAACCUCCGGGGCAUAAUAAAGAAAAUGAAGAUGAUGUAGAAGUUAUGUCAACAGACUCGUCUAGCAGCAGUAGUGACUCUGAUUAAAAACAUAAAGACAAAAUUCAUACAGAAUUGAAUACUAUGGGGUGGGCACUUGGGUGGCUCGGUUGAGUGUUGGACUCUUGAUUUUGGCUCAGGUCAUGAUUUCAGGGUUGUGGGAUCAAGCCCUGCAUCAAGCUCCGUGCUGGGUGUGGAGUCUGCUUAAGAUUCUCUUUCUCCCUCUGCCCCUUCCCCACCUCUCUUCCUCUCUAAAAAACAAAACAGAAGAGAAUACUAUGGAAUUCUGUUUCUUAAACAAUUGCAAGCCUGUAAAAAAUAGCCAGAUAAUACUGGCUAUAGUGGAAUUGUGCAACCCAUCAAAAGUCACUGGAUUUUUUUUUUUUUUUAAGAUUUUUAUUUAUUUGACACAGAGACAGCGAGAGAGGGAACACAAGCAGGGGGAGUGGGAGAGGGAGAAGCAGGCUUCCCGCCGAGCAGGGGAGCAGGGAGCCCGAUGCGGGACUCGAUCCCAGGACCCUAGGAUCAUGACCUGAGCCGAAGGCAGACGCUUAACAACUGAGCCACCCAGGCGCCCCCUGGACUUUCUUUUUAAAGCCAAAAAUCAUGGUUUCAAUUCUAAACCACUAAGUGAAUAUUUAAAGAAUAAUCAAAAUUGACUGUUGGGAAAAAAAAAUGACUCAGUGCCGCUCUACCUGUUAUAUUCUAGUUAUGUUGAACUUGUUCAUAGUAGUUCUGGAAACAAAAGUUGAGGGAAAGACCCAUGUACAUACCACUGAUCAGCCCCUGGAAUUAUUUAGAAAAAUGGCAGUGGAUCACUGAAUGUGUAUCAUAUCUUGAAAUAACAAAGCCCUCAUUUGAAAGUGAAGGCUGGUAGCUUCUGUUACAGUAACGGGGGAGAUUGUUUCAAUUUGUACUAUCUGUAAUUAUUGUAAUUUGUGUAAGUAAACUCACUGUUGUUUGUACUCUG